AUGGAUGCAUUCCUAAGAACCCUUGAGGGUAGCUCUGCCGACCUGCGAAAAAUGUCAGUCAAUUUCGACUGUAAUGGCGCGACACUAUCUCCUCCGUCCCCUUCAGCCAAAAUAACCCCUAUCAUCUCCACUUCCUCCACCCCAAUACCACUGCACACAACCCUCACUCCAUCCCUCCCAAUCUCCCAGCUCCCAACAACACCAACGGUCGAACUCGCCAUCCUCCCCUUCCCCAGCGCCCUCCCUUUGGAUAAAAAAGAAGCCAUAAACCACUCGUUAGCAAACAUGCGCUCGAAUAUGCUACAUAUGGGGCCCACAGCAACUGCAGACGGCAACAGGCAAUGA